GCCCAUCAGGAUCUGAACCUUGUUCUCCAAUUGAUUGUGAAAAGCCAUCUCCAUUUUUAAUAAAGGACAUCGAACAGUUCCUAGAAAAACUUCAGAGCCUGUCGACAAAUCAGCUGACAGAGUUGUACGAUGGCAUGGAGUGCACGAUCAAAGAGUACUCUGAGACGCUGAUCAGCGAGCUGGCACUGCGUGACGAACUAGAAUAUGAGAAGGAGUUAAAAAAUAGCUUCAUCUCUCUGCUGCUCAGCAUUCAAAAUAAGUGGCGCAUGCUUCAGAUGGACAAGAAGCAGAAGAAUCGAAAGAACGGUGAUAACAAGAAGGAUGAAGCUGGCUCGUAUCUAACAACAGUGAUACCCUAUCAUGCUGGGAUGGUUCCACCUGACAUUCCUACUCUACAAAUCUUAAUAAAAGGUACGCUUACAUUUACAUGAUUAUGUAAUCAUGAUUUGUACACUGUGUUUCCUCUGUAAUGGGAAGACAGGCAGGGCC